AUGAAGGCCAUAGAUGUUGUCCUUCUCCCCAUACUCCCAUCCGUCGUCCUCCUCCACCUCCUCGUAGCGCCCUACACGAAGGUCGAGGAAUCCUUCAACAUCCAAGCGACCCACGAUAUACUCAAAUACGGUGCUCCGUAUCCCGGCACAGAUAAUGCCUUCCUCCAACAAAAGUUCGACCACGUCUCCUUUCCAGGCGCCGUCCCCCGCACCUCGAUUGGAGCUCGAACUCUUGCUGCACUGAGCAGUCCUAUAAUACCCUAUGUGGGACAGCAGUAUGCGCAAUUCGCAGUGAGGGCUGUAUUGGGAUUCUACAAUGCGGCUGCCAUGUAUAAGUACAGCUCAGGGCUUAGUACAGCAUUCGGAAGAAAUGUAGGGAGGUGGUAUAUUGUAUUGCAAGCCAGCCAGUUCCAUGUCAUGUUCUAUGCGUCGAGGACGUUGCCGAAUAUGUUUGCUUUCGGACUCACUACUUUUGCGUUUGCCGCAUUUCUGCCAUCUCCAUCCAAGACUUUGCAACGGGAGCAACGAAAGCAGAGAUUCGGAAUCAUGUUAUUUGUACUGGCUGGGAUCAUCUUCCGUUCAGAGGUCGCCCUAUUGCUUGCCUCUCAACUUUUGUUCCUGCUUGUGCAAUCGAAAAUAUCGCUUAAGACUAUCAUCACGCAAGGACUUAUGGCCGCAUUUCUUGGGUUGACGGCCACUGUCCUGUUGGAUUCCGUGUUUUGGCAAAAAACGAGGCCUUUCUGGCCAGAGCUUGAAAGUUUCUACUUUAAUGCCAUACAGGGCAAGUCUUCGGACUGGGGAACUUCCCCUCUUCCUUACUAUUUCACCAAUUCUCUCCCGCGCCUCCUCCUCAACCCUAUGAUCUUCAUCCUUAUCCCUGCUGCUUUCGCUCUACCCUCAACAUGGUAUCAUACUCAGGGUCUUGUCAUACCCUCUCUCCUCUUCAUCUCGAUCUUUAGCCUCCAGCCACACAAGGAGUCUCGUUUCAUCAUUUACGCUGUCCCAUCCCUCACAGCAGCUGCCUCCCUCUCCGCAUCGUAUAUCUGGACUAGGCGGACAAAAUCAUGGCUCUACAGCUUAAGUUCAUUCUUCCUCGCAGGAUCUGUAGCAGCCAGCUUUCUUGCCUCAACUACCAUGCUCCUAAUCUCAUCCCUCAACUACCCCGGCGGCGACGCUCUCGCCCAACUCCACGAUUACAUCCACCGCCAGACCCUAUCCCCUGUCGGCCCUAACGUCCCCUCAAACACCACGCUCAACAUCCACAUGGAUGUGCUCUCCUGCAUGACAGGCGUCACUCGCUUCCAGCAAAGAUCCGACAUAGACCACGUCCACCUCACCUAUGACAAGACCGAGAACGACACCCAGCUCCUCGAGCCGGGCUUCUGGGCCAGAUUCGACUACGCGCUGAUGGAAGAGCCGGGCAAAGCCAUCGGCAAGUGGGAGGUCGUUGGCACGGUAUUCGCGUACGGUGGCAUCGAGUUCCUGAAGCCCGGGGACGGGAGUUCCUUCGGCGAGAGCCUGGAACGAGUAUACGCGGCGAACAACCUGACAAGGGCGGAAGACGACGAGGUGAUGAGCAGCGAGGAAGUUAUAGAGGAAGUCAACAGUCAUAAAGGAGAGGCGGAGAAGGUGAGCUGGGAUGAGGAGAAGGCGCGGGAGAAUCGGGAGUUAGAGGACUUGAAGGCGCGUCUGAUGUUGGAGGAGAUGGGCCGUUUUGGGACCUUCAAGCUGGUGAGGGACGCGGUGAGGCUUGUCACGGGGGGAUACUGGAUAGGGCCGAGGAUGGAACCGCGGAUUAGGAUAUUAAAGAGGGUAAAGGAUUGA